AUGGAGCAGCCAGUGCUUGUACCACCAGGUCCGGACAGCUUUCACUACUUCACUAGAGAGUCUCUUGCAGCUAUCGAACAACGCAUUGCUGCCGAAAAAGCCAAGCAGUCCAAACAAGACCAUAAAGACAAUGAUGAAAAUGGGCCAAAACCAAGUAGUGACUUGGAGGCUGGCAAAUCACUGCCAUUUAUUUAUGGUGACAUCCCUGCUGGAAUGGUUGCUACUCCCUUGGAAGACCUGGAUCCAUUUUACAUUAAUACAAAAACUUUUAUAGUAUUGAAUAGAGGGAAGGCAAUUUUCCGAUUCAGUGCCACCCCUGCCCUAUACAUUUUAACUCCUUUCAACCCUCUUAGAAAAGUAGCUAUUAAGAUUUUGGUACAUUCAUUAUUCAGCAUGCUCAUUAUGUGCACUAUUUUGACCAACUGUGUAUUUAUGACCUUAAGUAACCCCCCUGAGUGGACAAAGAAUGUAGAAUAUACAUUCACAGGAAUAUAUACCUUUGAAUCCCUUAUAAAAAUAAUUGCAAGGGGCUUUUGUAUAGAUGGUUUCACCUUCCUCAGAGAUCCCUGGAACUGGCUCGAUUUCACUGUCAUUACAUUUGCAUAUGUGACAGAGUUUGUGGACCUGGGUAAUGUCUCAGCACUGAGAACAUUCAGAGUUCUCCGGGCAUUGAAAACAAUAUCAGUCAUCCCAGGUCUGAAGACAAUUGUGGGAGCUCUCAUUCAGUCUGUGAAGAAACUAUCCGAUGUGAUGAUUCUGACAGUAUUUUGUCUGAGUGUCUUUGCUCUCAUAGGACUCCAGCUGUUCAUGGGCAACUUGAGGCAUAAAUGCUUGUAUUGGAAUCCACCAAAUGCUACAGAUAAUGAUACUGAUAUAUUUAAUGCUACAUUUGGAGAAAACAGUACAUUGAACGCUACCCAAUUUGACUGGAAUGCAUACAUACAAGAUGAAAAUAAUUUUUAUUUUUUGGAAGGACAAAAUGAUGCUUUGCUUUGUGGUAACAGUUCUGACGCAGGUCAAUGUCCAGAAGGCUAUUUUUGCAUAAAAGCUGGAAGGAAUCCAAACUACGAUUAUACAAGUUUUGAUACAUUCAGCUGGGCCUUCUUGUCUCUCUUUCGACUGAUGACUCAGGAUUUCUGGGAAAAUCUUUAUCAGCUGACUCUACGUGCUGCUGGCAAAACGUACAUGAUCUUUUUUGUCCUGGUGAUUUUCUUGGGUUCUUUCUACCUGAUCAACUUGAUCCUGGCUGUUGUUGCCAUGGCUUAUGAAGAGCAGAAUCAAGCCACCAUGGAAGAAGCUGAGCAGAAAGAGGCAGAGUUCCAACAGAUGCUGGAACAGCUGAAAAAACAUCAAGAAGGGGUUCAGGCAGCGGCGAUUGCUGCAGCAACUGCAUCUGCAGAAUCUAAAGAUCCCAGCAUAAGAGGUGGAACGGGGGGACAUUCAGAAAGCUCAUCUGAAACAUCAAAAUUGAGUUCCAAGAGUGCCAAAGAAAGAAGAAAUAGAAGGAAGAAGAGAAAACAAAAAGAACAAUGUGGUGGAGAGGAAAAAGAUGAAGAUGAGUUUCAUAGAUCUGAAUCUGAAGAAAGUUUCAGGAGAAAAGGUUGCCGAUUCUCUAUUGAAGGGAAUAGGUUAACACUAGAACGGAAGCAUUCUUCUCCCCAUCAGUCUUUGCUGAGCAUGCGUGGCUCACUAUUUUCCCCACGGCGCAACAGCAGAACAAGCCUUUUCAGCUUCAGAGGUAGAGCAAAGGAUAUAGGAUCAGAGAAUGACUUUGCUGAUGAUGAACACAGCACUUUUGAAGAUAAUGAUAGCAGAAGAGAUUCUCUUUUUGUGCCGCGCAGACAUGGUGAACGGCGCAACAGUAACAUUAGUCAGGCCAGUAGGUCAUCCAGGAUGCUGGCAGUGUUUCCAGUGAAUGGGAAGAUGCACAGCACUGUGGAUUGCAAUGGGGUGGUUUCCUUGGUUGGUGGACCAUCUGUUCCUACAUCGCCUGUUGGACAGCUUCUGCCAGAGGUGAUAAUAGAUAAACCAGCUACUGAUGACAAUGCCACAACAACAGAAACAGAAUUGAAAAAAAGAAGAUCGAGUUCUUUCCAUAUUUCUAUGGACUUUUUGGAAGACCCCAACCUAAGAGACAGAGCCAUGAGUGUGGCUAGUAUACUCACAAACACUAUGGAAGAACUUGAAGAGUCACGACAGAAAUGCCCACCUUGCUGGUACAAAUUUUCAAACAUUUUCUUAAUCUGGGACUGCUGCCCUCAUUGGCUGAAAAUAAAGCAUGUUGUUAACAUCAUAGUGAUGGAUCCAUUUGUUGACCUUGCUAUUACAAUUUGCAUUGUUUUAAAUACAUUGUUCAUGGCAAUGGAACAUUAUCCAAUGACAGAAAGAUUUGCGGAAGUCCUUAAUGUUGGAAACUUGGUUUUCACUGGAAUCUUCACAGGAGAAAUGUUUCUUAAACUAGUAGCCAAGGAUCCAUAUUAUUAUUUCCAAGAAGGCUGGAAUAUUUUUGAUGGUUUUAUUGUUACCCUUAGUUUGGUUGAACUCGGCCUAGCAAAUGUGGAAGGACUCUCAGUUCUCCGAUCAUUCAGACUGUUGCGAGUUUUCAAAUUGGCUAAAUCCUGGCCAACAUUAAAUAUGCUGAUCAAAAUUAUUGGCAACUCUGUUGGUGCUUUGGGAAAUCUGACUUUGGUCCUGGCCAUCAUCGUCUUCAUUUUUGCUGUGGUUGGUAUGCAGCUCUUUGGUAAAAGCUACAAGGAAUGUGUGUGCAAGAUUGCAAAAGAUUGUGAACUCCCUCGCUGGCACAUGCAUGAUUUUUUCCACUCUUUCUUGAUCGUGUUCCGAGUUCUUUGUGGAGAAUGGAUAGAAACCAUGUGGGACUGUAUGGAGGUUGCAGGUCAAGCCAUGUGCCUUACAGUCUUCAUGAUGGUUAUGGUGAUUGGAAAUUUAGUGGUGCUGAAUCUCUUUUUGGCCUUGCUCUUGAGCUCAUUUAGCGCAGAUAACCUUGCUGCUACGGACGAUGAUAAUGAAAUGAACAAUCUCCAGAUUGCAAUGGCGAGGAUUGAUAAAGGAAUAGAUUUUAUGAAAAGGAAAAUGCAUGAGUUCAUCCAGAAAUCCUUUGUCAAAAAGCAAAAAGCUCUAGAUGAAACCAAACCUCUUGAGGAGCUCCACAAUAAGAACACCUGCAUCUCUAACCACACCAUAGAAAUUUGCAAAGAGAUUGAUUAUUUUAGAGAUAGAAAUGGAACCACCACCAGUGGCAUAGGCACCGGCAGCAGCGUGGGAAAAUACGUGGUAGAUGAAAGUGAUUACAUGUCGUUCAUUAACAAUCCGAGCCUGACGGUGACUGUACCGAUCGCUGUUGGAGAAUCUGAUUUUGAAAAUUUAAAUACCGAGGAAUUCAGUAGUGAGUCUGAUUCGGAAGAAAGCAAAGAAAAACUAAAUUCUUCUAGCUCAUCAGAAGGGAGCACAGUUGAUAUUGGACUGCCUGCUGAAGAACAAGCAGUGGUAGAACCUGAGGAAGCUCUUGAACCUGAAGCUUGUUUUACAGAAGGUUGUGUACAAAGAUUCAAGUGUUGUCAAGUUAGUGUAGAAGAUGGAAGAGGAAAGCAAUGGUGGAGUCUCAGAAAAACCUGUUUCCGAAUAGUUGAACACAAUUGGUUUGAAACCUUCAUUGUCUUUAUGAUUCUCCUUAGUAGUGGUGCUUUGGCCUUUGAAGACAUAUACAUAGAACAGAGGAAAACUAUCAAGACCAUGUUGGAAUAUGCUGACAAAGUCUUCACUUAUAUCUUCAUUCUUGAAAUGCUUCUGAAAUGGGUAGCAUAUGGAUACCAAACAUACUUUACUAAUGCCUGGUGCUGGCUGGAUUUCUUGAUUGUUGAUGUAUCUUUGAUAAGUUUAACAGCAAAUGCUCUGGGUUAUUCAGAACUUGGGGCCAUUAAAUCCCUUAGGACACUGAGAGCAUUGAGACCUUUAAGAGCCUUAUCAAGAUUUGAAGGGAUGAGGGUGGUUGUGAAUGCCCUUCUUGGAGCAAUUCCAUCCAUCAUGAAUGUGCUUCUUGUUUGUCUUAUAUUCUGGCUGAUUUUCAGCAUCAUGGGAGUAAACUUGUUUGCUGGCAAAUUCUACCACUGUGUUAAUACUACAACUGGCAACAUGUUUGAAGUUGAUGAAGUUGCCAAUAAGUCUGAGUGUGAGAGUCUCAUACUUGCAAAUGAAACUGCCAGAUGGAAAAAUGUGAAAGUCAACUUUGAUAACGUAGGAUUUGGGUAUCUUUCUUUACUGCAAGUAGCCACAUUUAAAGGAUGGAUGGAUAUUAUGUAUGCAGCAGUUGAUUCAAGAAAAGUGCUUGAACAGCCUAUCUAUGAAGAUAACCUUUAUAUGUAUAUUUACUUUGUUAUCUUUAUCAUAUUUGGAUCAUUUUUUACCCUGAAUCUAUUUAUUGGUGUCAUCAUAGAUAACUUCAAUCAACAAAAAAAGAAGUUUGGAGGCCAAGACAUCUUUAUGACAGAAGAACAGAAAAAGUACUACAAUGCAAUGAAAAAAUUGGGGUCUAAAAAGCCUCAGAAACCUAUACCUAGGCCAGGGAACAAAUAUCAAGGCAUGGUGUUUGAUUUUGUGACCCAACAAGUAUUUGACAUCAGUAUUAUGAUUCUUAUCUGCCUUAACAUGAUCACCAUGAUGGUAGAAACAGAUGAUCAAAGUAAACAAACAGAAGAUAUUCUCUACCGCAUUAAUUUUAUAUUUAUUGUCCUUUUCACUGGAGAAUGUGUCCUCAAACUAAUUUCCCUACGCUAUUAUUAUUUCACAAUUGGAUGGAACAUUUUUGAUUUUGUGGUUGUCAUCCUUUCCAUUGUAGGUAUGUUUUUGGCAGAGAUCAUUGAGAAAUAUUUUGUAUCCCCCACCUUGUUCCGAGUAAUUCGACUUGCCAGAAUAGGUCGAAUCCUGCGUCUAAUCAAGGGGGCAAAGGGGAUCCGCACUCUGCUUUUUGCUUUGAUGAUGUCUCUCCCUGCCUUGUUCAACAUUGGUCUCCUCCUUUUCCUGGUCAUGUUCAUCUAUGCCAUAUUUGGAAUGUCCAACUUUGCCUACGUGAAGAGAGAAGUUGGCAUUGAUGACAUGUUCAACUUUGAAACUUUUGGCAACAGCAUGAUCUGCCUCUUUAUGAUCACCACCUCUGCUGGCUGGGAUGGCUUGCUAGCCCCCAUCCUGAACAGCGGGCCUCCAGACUGCGACCCUAAAAAAGAUCACCCAGGAAGUUCCGUCAAAGGAGAUUGUGGCAAUCCUUCGGUUGGGAUUUUCUUCUUUGUCAGCUACAUAAUCAUCUCAUUUUUAGUUGUAGUCAACAUGUAUAUUGCUGUCAUUCUGGAGAACUUCGGUGUGGCAACUGAAGAAAGUGCCGAACCUCUGAGCGAGGAUGAUUUUGAGAUGUUUUAUGAGGUCUGGGAAAAGUUUGACCCAGAUGCUACACAGUUUAUGGAAUUUGAAAAACUUUCAGAGUUUGCAGCUGCUCUGGAGCCUCCUCUUCACUUACCUAAACCCAACAAGGUUCAGCUUAUUGCAAUGGAUCUGCCCAUGGUAAGUGGUGACAGAAUUCACUGCCUCGAUAUAUUGUUUGCUUUCACCAAACGUGUUCUGGGGGAAAGUGGAGAGAUGGACGCUCUCCGCAUUCAGAUGGAAGACCGCUUUAUGCAGUCAAACCCAUCCAAAGCCUCCUAUGAGCCCAUCACAACUACCUUAAAAAGGAAACAAGAGGAGCUGUCAGCUAUCAUUAUCCAACGGGCUUACAGGCGUUAUCGUCUGGCACAAACAAUAAAGCAGGCUUCAUUUUUAAACAAAAACAAAAUCGAAGGAGGGGCUAGCCAACGUAUUAAAGACGAAUUCCUCAUGGACAAGAUGAAUGAAAACUCUUACACCGAAAAGACAGACAUGACCAUGUCAACAGCUAUCUGUCCACCAUCCUAUGACCGUGUAACCAAGCCAGUUGAAGAAAAACAUGAAAAGGAAGGCAAAGAUGUACAAAAGAAAAAAUAA